UUUCAUCUUGUGUUUUUUUUUGGUUACGUUUUUCGUAAUAAAUGCAUUCUUGUUGACUCACGGUUUGCGAUAUAUCUGCAAUUGCAAUCGCGCUCCCCUGCAUGGAUAGAUUUUCGUUCAACGACAAAAAAAGUGCAAUUUCAUUGGCUCGUAAAUCGAUAAGAAAUUGGAGCUCUUUUUCCCUUCUCUACUGGGGCAUUUAAUUGGUACCCUUUUCUCCAGCACUCCACUGUGUAGCCUCCUACGCUCUUCAAUACCAGGGAGUUCCUGUAGGAUGGAAGAAAAUCGAAACUCCCUUUUAGCGGUGUGUGGAAGAGUGUGAGUGUGUGUAAAGUGUUGGGUGGACCAAAAAAAAAGGAUAACUGUGGAGAGUGUCGUGCGGCACAGGCGCAACACAACAAGCAGUGCGAGGCGGUGUGGUGUGUGUUUUCUUGGGUUCCCGUGUUCGGGUUCGGCUCUGCUCCUGGUGGCUUGUUUCCUGGAUGCGUACGUGGCGACCAGUAGCGAUGUCUCACACCAGCCAACAAGUUCACCGUGCUCCUUAGUGUGUGCUUUUCCACGCUGUGUACUGCUGUGGGAGUGGGAGUUCCCACUGGAUCAAGUGUCCUACGGCGCAAAGUAGUGCAGGAAAUAAAAAGUGGCAGAAAACGGCAAGAAAACGUGCAAUAUCAGCUGCAGAAACUAUUACAAAAACAUCCGGAACGUGGCACAAUCGUAGCAAUCGGUUGACCAUUUUCCCUAGAGACACGUAGCUCGUCAUAAGCUACCCCAGAAACCUUCUACGCCUUUAUCGCGUGUCAGUGAAGAAAAGAAAACAGAAAAGCCCUUUGGGAAAUACAGCAGCUUACUACUACGUCGCACGCACAGUAGCAAAACCACCUUGCUUGAUGCGAUGAAUUUUUCACCAUUCGGGACACACUUUCCCGGUACGAUACCGGGAAUCCAUCAGUUUGCCAGCUCGGGACUGGUAACGAGCGUACCGACGACUUCGCACGACUCCACCAAUCGAUACCAUUCCAUCAAUUCGAACGUCAACAUGGCCCACUUCAACCAAAGCCAUGCUCCAAUUCUUGGCAAGUUCCAUCGGGAUAGCCAGGAGUCGGGCGGCAACACGGGUGGCGGUGCGGGCUCCAACAAAUACAACGGUCAUUCGGCGGGUUCGGGCAACGCAACCAUCCCGACGACCACGACCAGUGGUGCGGGACAGUACACUAACCCGUACAGCCAGCAUUCGCACGUGGCAGAACACAAACAGCGCAACAUGUACCACCAGUCGUCCGUGGGCAACAGUUCAGCCGGUGGCAGUAACGGCCAGAGUGCACAAGAGCUUAGUCAGGAUAUCAGUGCGCUGCUGCAGCAGGCGGACAGUAAGCGUGUGCUGCAAAACCCCAGCUGGCAAUCGUUAACACCGGGUGCAUCCGUUGCCGACUAUUUGUCCCAUCUUCCGGGCAGUGCACUACCUCUUUCGCUUCACCACUUCCUCAAGUACUCGGCAGAAAACAUCAAGAAGGAAGCACAGAAUCCGCUCACGAGUCUCGAUAUGUCACAGGCUCAGUCACAGGCGCACAGCACUGGCGGCGGUGGUGGACAUGGUAGCAAUAAUGGUGCGGGAAUGAUUCUGCCUGCAUCACAGACCAUCGCGAGCAUUCUUGGCCAUCCGGGACAGCAGUCUCAGCAGCAGCAACAGCAGCACGGUCAACCGCAAGCAGCGGGUCUUGGUGGUCAUCAAUCGGGCGGAGGUGUACAAGCGGCAGCGGCUACCUCUUCCACUGGCGGUGCGGCCAAUGCGGCGACCGGAUCCGGGGCUGACGCAUCCACCGAUAAGAAGAAGCGGAAGAAGAAAAAGAAACCUCCGAAGGAGCGUAAACCCCGUCCAAAGCCGGGCGAAAUUCAGGUAAGGACGGCCCUGGACGGAAGUCUGCUCUUCCUGUGUCCCGAGUGUCAGAUGGCGUACCCGGAGCGAGAACUGCUCGAGCAGCAUUUGAUCGGACACAAUCUGGAGCGCCGAUUUAUCUGCGACAUUUGCAAUGCUGCGCUAAAGCGCAAGGAUCAUCUGACCCGUCACAAGCAAAGUCACAAUCCCGAACGUCCGUUCGCGUGUACAAUUUGUCUGAAAGCGUUUAAGCGCAAGGAGCAACUUACGCUACACUUCGUCAUCCAUUCCGGCGAAAAGCGGCACGUGUGCCAGGAAUGUGGAAAAGGUUUCUACCGAAAGGAUCACCUUAGAAAGCAUACCCGAUCGCACAUCGCCCGACGGUUGAAAGCGGAACUCAGCCAACAGCAAGGCGGUAAUGGUACAGAAGCGGGUGCCUCUCCAAGUACCUCUCGGGCUGGACAAAACCAAGCACAAAUCACGACUGCCACCCAACAGCAGCAGCAACAAUCGGCACAACAGCAAUCCCCCAUGCAACAACCUCAGCUGACCACCGCGAACCAACAGCUACAACCACCGCAGUAUCACUCCCUCACACAGGCACCAGGCGGCCAGUCACAGAUGAUGUCGUAAGAUCUCCGCGAGAAGGCCGCGCAGUCCUGCAGUAGCUUAAGUAAUGUUUGUCCAAUAUAUCCCACGCACGGCUCUUCUGAUAAGCAACAUUGCAUCAAAACGAACAGAAAACAAUAUAUGUAUUAUCCUUCCGGUAAUGCUGGUAGGGUGACCUUUUUUUCCAACAAAACGUUCCCGGAUGGUGGAUAAUUUUGUGUAUGUGUGUAGGCGUGCGUCCCUGUGUUUGAUCAGAGCUGUAAAGAACCGGAUAGUGUAAGAAUUUUACACAAUAUUUCGAACAAACCGAUGAUGCGUAAAUUCCACCUAUUCAAACACCCACCAGGGAUGUUUGGAGAUGCUCUUAGCGCUCGAUUAACCGGGGUAGUAUAUAUGCGAUAGAGAAGAAACUAAACGACACCGCCGUGUACAAAAGCUAGCUGUUAAUAGGAGGACAAGGGAUGUACUUAGUGGAUUUUGCUCUAAGUUAACAUUCUUUCUCAUACACAAAAGGGAAACCUUCGCUCAGGUGAAUACAGAUUGUAGUAGGAAACUAUUUUAAACGACAAGUCGAGCCAUUAGCUGUAUAGAUAGAGACACUUAGACAGAGAGACAGGGAGAAUAUGAUUCGUUUCAUAAUCUUCGGUUCUAGCUGCGAAAGGUAAGGUAAGUAAGGUAGAUAUAGUUACACCUAUUACUAGUAUCCUUAGUGCACAGCUAGUCUGAUUACUCUAGUCCCAUUUUAGGCGUAUCUUUGGCGGACAUAGCACACAAACCAAUACCUAACUUAAUGCAUUAUUCAACCAAACAAAAAUCCUAGACGUAAUUGCAGGGACGACGUGCAACAACGGUGGAGGCCUUUAUUACCGGGGGCUGGCUAGUUGAAAUUGGAUGCGGUCGAACUGAAUUUUAACACGAAAAUUAGUUGUGCAUCGCGCAUCGGUUCUAGAUUUAACUAAAUCAAUAUUCUAUUUAAUGAUAAUAAUAAAACAACCAAAAAAAACCGAACAAACAGGUGACAAAAUCACGUACUUU